UCAGGUCCCUCAGGACAGGUGGGAUGGAGGUGGCCUGUGUGUGUGUCACCAUGAAUUCCUUCUUCCUCCAGGAAAGAGCCUCCCCUGGCUGCCGAACCUCUCGACUCCCCAUCAUAAAACAGAAUCACACCCGUGUGUUCAGGAGGCAGAAGCCAGACCCCGAACUUGAAAAGCUUCACGCCUUCUGCUAUUUCCCCUUCGCUCCUUGACAUCAGUCUGUGUUCUCCUGUCUCUCACCAGAGUCUCCCAUGACCACCCCAUUCCCUGGCCUCCAGCCAGAGACUCUCCUCUUCCUCACUCUGUGACUGAUCCUUGAAAUGUGCUUUUCUCUCCAUUCAGUCCCAUCAGAGACAUUUGUCUGUCUAUGUGUUCCCUCUGCCCACUGCCUUUCCCUCACCCUUGAUGAUUUUAUCACAGCUCCCCCGUGGAGCCCUUCCUUGUUCUCUGCCCACAUCCUUCCUGUUUCUCCUCCAGCAUGUGUUCCUUUCUCAGUAAUUUACCUUUCUUCUGCCUCCAGCGACCACCACUUCCCCUCUGAGUCUCCACUCAAACCAAACUUUGUUCCAUUCUGUCCAAUGCCCUCAACUUCUCCUCUGCUUCCUCUGUCCUUUGCUUCCACUCAUCUCCUUUCAUCUCUUUCCCUCUCCCUUUCCUGUAACUCACAUUCUCUCUUCCCAGAUCCCUUUCAGGUACAGCUGGCAGGAGGCUGCGAUUCUCACUUUGGAGAAGCAUCAACAGGCUUCAUGCAGAUUGCGUAUCAAGGACCAGAUCUUGUGAGUUUCCAGAACACGUCAUGGUGGCCAUCUCCAAAGGGAGGAAGGAGAGCUCAGCAGGUCUGCAAACUGUUCAAUCAGUACCAUGUGGUCAACUUACGAAUACAAGCAAAUAUUAAUGACAUGUGCCCCCAUUUCCUCUUGGGUCUUCUUGAGGCAGGGAAGGCAGACCUUCAGCGACAAAUGAGGCCAGAGGCCUGGCUGUCCACUGGCCCAAGUCCGGGAUCUGGCCAUCUGCUCCUCGUGUGCCACGUCUCUGGCUUCUACCCAAAGCCAGUGUGGGUGACGUGGAUGCGGGGUGACCAGGAGCACCAGGGCACCCGACGAGGCGACGUCUUGCCCCAUGCUGACGGGACAUGGUAUCUUCAGACGUCCUUGGAUGUGGAAGCCAGAGAGGCAGCCGACCUGUCUUGCCUAGUGAGACACAGCAGUCUAGAAGGCCAGGAUAUGGUCUUCUACUGGGAGCAGCACCGCCCCGUGGACUUGGUCUUCCUGGUGGUGAGCGUGCCCCUGGUGCUUCUGGCAGGUCUUGCCUCCUGGCUCUGGAAGCGCCAGAAAUCACACAAGACACCUCAGUGUACUGGCCUCCCUUUGGAGUGAGAUCCCGGCAGCCCAGGACCAGGACGUCCCUAAACCCAGCUUAGUGGUGAUGGACCAGCAAGCCUCUAUGUGACUGUUGUCUUUCCUUUCUGCCCAGUGAUCAGUUGUCAAGAUGAGUUAAGUGUAAUUUAGGGGGAUUUGUUGUUCUGACCUGACUCUGGGACUUAAAUCUCAAAAUUAUCUCAGAGUAUAAUGAAGUCCCAGCAACGUCCAUGCGUCACAGGCAUCAGACAUCACUUCCUCCAGUGAGCCGUCCCUUAUUCAUAACUGGAAGCAGUCUUUGCUUUGUGAGAAUUAGCCCCACGUUUUCCUGCACUUGCAAAUCUAUUCCUGACCCCCAGCCCUUGUUGCCAACAGUUAGGGUCCUUUCCCUUCUAAUUCUUAGGACUUUAGAGGUGAGGCCCAUGUCUUUUUAAUAUUUGUAUCUCUGGCAAGGAGCCCCACUGCAUGGAAUAUGUCCUCAAUAAAUACCUGUGUUGAAUUUA